AUGUCAAGUGGUGGAUUGGCAUCUUACUUUAACCCAGAAUCUGGAGGAAGUGAAGGGUUCCAGGUUCCUGGAGGAAGUGAAGGGUUCCAGGUUCCUGGAGGAAAUGAAGGGUUCCAGGUUCCUGGAGGAAAUGAAGGGUUCCAGGUUCCUGGAGGAAAUGAAGGGUUCCAGGUUCCUGGAGGAAGUGAAGGAUUCCAGGUUCCUGGAGGAAAUGAAGGGUUCCAGGUCCAAAGCUCUCCAGAAGUGUCCUUCUUCUCCAGGCCGGGUUUAGGACACCAGGAAUCUUCAUUUGUAACCCUGUCCUCGGGUAAUCCCGCAGAAAUUUGUCCUGACAUAUCUUCAAUAUUUUCCGGAGCAGUUGUUAAUCAGAUCGAUCAAUCUAUGUUUAUGGUUCCAGCUCCGGGUGCUGAAAUGAACCAAGCUCCAGGUGCUGAAAUGAACCCAGUUCCAGGUGUGCAGAUGUACACUGCUCUAGAACAGGAGAAGAACCUGGAUCAAGUUCAGUUUUAUCUGCAGGAGUCAGACAGGGAGAGGAUAUACUUUAAUAAACCACACAAUCUUGGGAGUACAUAUUUUUCCUCCUCUUCCCAAGAUUAUCUACAGCAAAGAUAUCUGGGAAAUCAAGCUUAUCAGGAACAUCAAGCACAGCAUGAGCAUCAAGAUCACCAAGCUUAUCAAGAACAUCAGAAAAUGCAAAAUUAUCAAGAACUUGAAGAUCAUCAAGCAUAUCAAGCACACCAAGAUAAACCAGCAUAUGAGGAACAUCAAAACUUUUCCUUCUCAGAUUUAACAAGAUCUGAGAAUCCAGAGUAUGCUCCGAUAUCGAGAUAUCAGGAUUCAACAUCUCAUGUUCUUUCUUCAUCCGUCCCUUCCCCGACAUCUACUCCGUCUUCUAAUCUUACAAUCAUCUCUCCACAAACUCUAAAUCCUCAAUUUGCUUCAAUUCCAUUGUCUGGUACUUCAAACUCAAGUACAGAAUUGGCUGAGUUAAAGGAGAAAAUAUCAGAACUGGAAGUCAGAUCACAUUUGGAUAAACAAGAGAUUAUUCGGCUUCGUGAAGAACUAGAACAUAUGAUAGCAGAGCAGCAUGAGAAGGAACAGCUGAAGGCCCAGCUGGCAGCAGAGCAGUAUGAAAGAGAGCAGUGCGAGACUAGUCUAGAACAGCUACGCGAAGAGCAAGCUGAGACGAAAGCUAGAAUGAGUUCUGAGACUAGAGAUAUUACUGAGUUGAAAGAUGAGUUAAAUAUGAAAACUAAUACAAUUCAACUCAUCAUAGCUGAGAAAUCUGAGCUUCAGUCUAAGAAUUAA